CUGUCCCUGCUGCUCAGCGGCAUCGUGGACCCCGCCGUCAUGGGGGGAUACAGCAACUAUGAGAAGGCCUUCUUCACCGACAAAUAUCUCCAGGAGCAUCCCGAGGAUCAGGACAAGAUCGAGCUGCUCAAGCAGCAGAUCGCCAUCCAGAUGCCCCUGCUGGCCGAGGGGAUCCGGCUCCACGGUGAGAAGCUGACGGAGCAGCUGAAGCCCCUGCACGAGCGGCUCUGCGCCUGCUUCCGGGAGCUCCGCACCAGGGUGGAGAAGCACUAUGGGAUCGUGGCCUUGGUGAGGGACCUGCCCGUGUCCCGUUUGCCCCAAAAGAUCCCUUUUCCCAAAGGAACUCCCCUCUCCCACCCAUUUCAUGUUUUUAACGUUUAA